ACCAUCUGUAUCUGUUACCUCGGAAAUGUUGUGAAUGUGAAUGUGAAUGUGAUGUGACAAGUACAACCCUUCUUCAUUUGGAUUUUUUGGUGCGUUUUUUUGUCUGUCUUCACACCGAAACCACAUCACUCUCUUCUGUUCUACACAAUGGCAGCUUGCAUAUUCACUGUGUCACAAGAUGGAACUGGAGAUUUCCGAACGGUGCAGGAAGCAAUCGACGCCGUGCCGCUCGGCAACGUUCGCCGGACAGUGAUUCGGGUGUCUCCGGGUAUCUACCGGCAGCCGGUGUAUGUGCCUAAGACAAAGAAUUUCAUCACUCUUGCUGGCUUGCACCCUGAGGACACUGUGCUUACCUGGAACAACACUGCCACCAAAAUCGAACACCACCAACCUGCUAGAGUGAUUGGGACUGGGACAUUUGGCUGUGGAAGUACCAUUGUGGAAGGGGAGGACUUCAUUGCUGAGAAUAUUACUUUUGAGAAUUCCUCCCCUGAGGGUUCAGGCCAAGCAGUGGCAAUUAGAGUGACAGCAGAUCGGUGUGCCUUCUACAAUUGCAGAUUCCUUGGAUGGCAGGACACACUGUACUUACAUUACGGCAAACAAUAUUUGAAAGAUUGCUAUAUUGAAGGAAGUGUGGAUUUCAUCUUUGGCAAUAGUACUGCUCUUUUGGAGCAUUGUCAUAUCCACUGCAAGUCUGCAGGGUUCAUUACCGCACAGAGUAGAAAAUCAUCACAGGAAACAACUGGUUAUGUAUUCUUGAGAUGUGUUAUCACAGGUAAUGGAGGACAUUCAUACGCAUAUCUCGGACGACCGUGGGGACCUUUCGGAAGGGUGGUCUUUGCAUACACUUACAUGGAUCCAUGUGUAAGGCAUGUUGGCUGGGAUAAUUGGGGGAAAGUUGAGAAUGAGAGAAGUGCUUGCUUUUAUGAAUACAGGUGUUUUGGACCUGGUUGUUCUCCAUCCAACCGAGUGAAUUGGUGUAGAGAAUUGAUGGAUGAAGAAGCGGAGCAGUUCAUCAUGCAUCCUUUCAUUGAUCCAGAACCAGAAAGGCCCUGGCUUGCACAGAGAAUGUGCUUGAGGAUUCCAUAUUCUGCUUAGGAAGUACAGAGGACUCCUAUGAGAAUGUUCCAUAUUUGUGUAAGUCGGAAAUGCUAGAUGGUGCUUUUUCCUGUGAGAGAUUUUCUUAGUUUUUUUGUUUUAUAUUUUCAUAGAUUGAAGAAUUGUGAUCCACGUCUUUUGACCAUGUAUUAAUAUCCAGAGACGUAUUGAGCAGCAAAAUAUCAGGAUGGUAAAUGAAAAUAGUAAUAAUAAUUUCAUAGUUUUGCA